AGUAGUGUUGUCAAAAUGGCAGGACACGAGCACCAGCACCACUUCUCCCUGUGUUUCUGCGACUUAAUGAGGUUGUUGUGGUCCCUGGUUGUGCCCUGCGCCUACCUCAGUCUGCUCCUGACCCUGGUCCUGCUGCUGGUCCUGCUGGGGGUCCGCAUGUGGCUGCAGGGCCGCCGCAAAGCCCGCCGGGCUCGGGACGGCGGCCCCGCGGUGGCUUUCUUCCACCCCUACUGCAACGCCGGCGGAGGCGGGGAGCGGGUCCUGUGGUGCUCCCUGAGGGCCCUCAUGCACCGAUACCCCGGCGUCUCCUUCGUGGUGUACACGGGCGACCAGGGAGUGACCGGGGAGCAGAUUCUGGAGGGAGCAAGACAGCGUUUCAACAUCACGCUUCCUCGACCGGUCACCUUCGUCUUCCUGCGUCACCGCUUGCUGGUGGAGGCCGCGUCUUACCCUCACUUCACGCUGCUGGGCCAGAGCGCCGGCUCCAUGUUCCUCGGCUGGGAGGCUCUGACGGCCUGUGUUCCUGACCUGUACGUGGACUCGAUGGGCUACGCCUUCACCCUGCCAAUCUUCCGCUACCUGGGAGGCUGUAAAGUGGCGAGCUACGUCCACUACCCCACCGUCAGUACGGACAUGUUGUCUGUGGUCAGAGAGAGGAACCCCAGGUUCAACAACGCUGACUUCAUCUCCAGGAACCCCGUGCUGAGUGCGGUGAAGGUGGUGUACUACUGCUGCUUCGCCCUGCUCUACGGCCUCGCCGGCUCCUGCAGCGACGUCAUCAUGGUGAACUCCACCUGGACGCUGGGACACAUCCUGGCUCUGUGGCGCUCCCCGAGCCGCACCAGCAUCGUCUACCCACCCUGCGACGUCAGGGCCUUUCUGGACGUCCCGCUGGAGGAGGAGGACGAGGACGAGAUGGAGGAGGGCUGGGAGGAGCUCGGACAGGAGCUGGGGAGUGGAGAGGAAGAGGGAGGAGGAGGAGGGGACAGGAAGUGCCACUCCAUCGUGUCGGUGGGUCAGUUCAGGCCGGAGAAGGACCACCGGCUGCAGAUUCGGGCGUUUCGCAAACUGCUGGACAGGAAAGGGGAGGGGCCCGGGGGGCGGGAGUCGCUGCGGCUGGUGCUGAUCGGCGGAUGCAGGAACCAGGAGGACGAGGAGAGGGUGCUGAUGCUGCGGGGGCUCUGCCAGGAGCUGGACGUGUCGGACCGAGUCGACUUCAAACUGAACGUCCCGUUUGACGAGCUGAAGAGGGAGCUGGUGGACGCCACCAUCGGUCUGCACACCAUGUGGAACGAACACUUCGGCAUAGGUGUGGUGGAGUGCAUGGCUGCAGGAACCAUCGUCCUCGCCCAUAAGUCCGGAGGUCCAAAGCUGGACAUCGUGGUGCCGUAUGAGGGCGGACAGACGGGUUUCCUGGCCGACAGCGAGGACAGCUACGCCGCUGUCAUGGAAACCAUCCUGGCGCUGUCACCGGCGGCUAGACUGGAGAUCCGACGAAACGCCCGGCGCUCCGUGGAACGAUUCUCCGACCAGGAGUUUGAGGCUUGUUUCCUCGCGGCCGUGGAGUCUCUGAUGAGUAAACUGGAGCGAUGAGGAGGAACAGACGAGGGACCGGGACUUUGUUUGUUUUUUUUGGGGGUGAAGCAGCGAGGGUCAUAUCUGUGAUUAACACAAGCCAAGCUUCCAGCAUUAUUAGUAAAAUGUGACGUGGUGUCAUUCCCAAUCAAAGAUAACAGAAAAGGAGGCCGACACAGUAAAGAGACGUCUCUGGUGGAAAACCCAGAACUGUCCCUCUCAUCCUCUGAUGAAUAAGCAAAAACAACACGGGACAUUUCCAGUGACUCUGCAUGUGUCAAACUCACAUGAAGGUCGUCAGGUGUUUGGUUUUCACGAUGGAAGAACGAUGAGCAGAAACAUGGAGGAGCAACAAACGUGAAGUUCUGUUCCUUCUCGUCCGCCACGCCACCACCAACAGACCGUUGAUGCCGCGAUGGGAGUUUAACAUCCAUCGUGGAAAAAAGACAGUUUAAAUAGUUCAACGUAAAAGUCACAUUUGGUUCAUCAGUUUAGUAACAGCCAAUCAGAAACCCCGAGGGUCAGGUGUUUAAAUCUAUUUCCUUUUAGAGUCACAUUCAGCUUCUCAUCUGCCACCACUGACACACAAAACAUUGGCUUUUGAAGAAAAAAGACAAUUAACCUGCAACUAUUUUGAUAAUUGCUUAAUUCUUUAAGUCAUUCGAUGGUUCCAGCUUCUCAAAUGUGAGAAUUUGUUGCUUAUCUUGGUCUUAAUUUACAAUAAAUUGAGCAUAUUGGGGUUUUACAUAUUAGUGUGGUGGUGAUUUAUAUUAGUACUGAUGUGAAUUUGAUUAUCUGUCAGUUACUGACUCCUAAAUAGAUGUGACCAGGGUUGAAAUGGUAUUUUUCUGUGUUGAAGAAGUCAAAUGAUGUACAUUGAAGAAGCACUUAAAGCCACGUUGUUGGGUCGAGGUCAAAGCCAAAUCUCUCGUAUUUAAAUGUUGUUUCACUUCCUGCAUUCCUGUUUGUGAUGAGGUCCAGGCAUGGAAAUAUAAUCACGUGUAAAAUAUUUACAGAGUCUUUGUUUUGAAAGAAGCGCUCGUUCUAUUUAAGUGUGUCCAUGUGGAGCGGAUGUUCUGAGCUUGUUUCACUGAGAAACUGAAAUGAUGCUUCAAAUACUGCAAUAAAUACAAUCAGCA